GAAGAGGCAGAGUAUGUGAGUGUGGUGCAUCAGAAGAUCAGCUUCAGACACCGCACCCCUCUGACACCAACACUCCUCUGGCUUGUCUCAUUACAUAGCAUAAUAUCGACAAGCCAUCAUGCGUGAGUGUAUCUCCAUCCACGUCGGUCAGGCUGGCGUCCAGAUUGGCAAUGCCUGCUGGGAGCUUUACUGCCUGGAACAUGGGAUCCAGCCGGAUGGACAGAUGCCCAGUGACAAGACUCGGGGAGGAGGAGACGAUUCCUUCAACACCUUCUUCAGUGAGACCGGAGCUGGAAAGCACGUCCCCAGAGCUAUUUUUGUUGACCUGGAGCCCACUGUCAUCGAUGAGGUGCGCAGUGGGAUCUACCGCCAGCUCUUCCAUCCUGAACAGCUGAUCACUGGCAAGGAGGAUGCUGCCAACAACUACGCCCGUGGACACUACACCAUCGGCAAAGAGAUCAUCGACCUGGUGCUGGACAGGGUCCGCAAACUGUCUGACCAGUGCACUGGCCUCCAGGGCUUCCUGGUUUUCCACAGCUUUGGAGGUGGCACCGGCUCUGGUUUCACCUCCCUGCUGAUGGAGCGUCUGUCUGUCGACUACGGCAAGAAGUCAAAGCUGGAGUUCUCCGUCUACCCAGCUCCCCAGGUGUCCACCGCUGUGGUGGAGCCCUACAACGCCAUCCUGACCACCCACACCACCCUGGAGCACUCUGACUGUGCCUUCAUGGUAGAUAAUGAGGCCAUCUACGAUAUCUGCCGUAGGAACCUCGAUAUCGAGCGUCCCUCUUACACCAACUUGAACAGGUUGAUCAGUCAGAUUGUGUCCUCCAUCACUGCUUCCCUUCGUUUCGAUGGUGCCCUCAAUGUUGAUCUGACCGAGUUCCAGACCAACUUGGUGCCAUAUCCCCGUAUCCACUUCCCUCUGGCCACUUAUGCUCCAGUCAUCUCUGCUGAGAAGGCUUACCAUGAGCAAUUAACAGUGUCAGAAAUCACCAACUCCUGCUUCGAGCCAGCCAAUCAGAUGGUGAAAUGUGACCCUCGCCACGGCAAAUACAUGGCUUGCUGCCUUUUGUACCGUGGCGAUGUGGUUCCCAAAGAUGUGAAUGCUGCCAUUGCCACCAUUAAAACCAAACGCUCCAUCCAGUUUGUGGACUGGUGCCCCACUGGUUUCAAGGUGGGCAUCAACUACCAGCCACCCACUGUAGUUCCUGGUGGAGACCUGGCCAAGGUCCAAAGGGCUGUGUGCAUGCUGAGCAACACCACUGCUAUUGCAGAGGCCUGGGCUCGGCUUGACCACAAGUUUGAUCUGAUGUACGCUAAGCGUGCCUUCGUUCACUGGUAUGUGGGUGAGGGUAUGGAGGAGGGGGAGUUCUCUGAGGCCAGAGAGGACAUGGCAGCUCUGGAGAAGGAUUAUGAGGAGGUUGGAGUCGACUCUGUUGAUGGUGAGGGAGAGGAGGAAGGAGAGGAAUAUUAAAAGGGACAUCAAGGCAGUAGUUGUACAGGAAACAAUUAAAUCCAUUCGUUCUUAAAUACAUUCCAAAAGAAAUGUUUAUCUAUCAAAUACAAGUUUGGCUGUUCAGAAUAAGUGAUCAAAUCAAAUUUCAGUUUGGUUCUGUUCUAAAUAAAUUUACUGUAACGUAUGAA